AGAGGAACCAGAUGGUUUUCAGCAUGAAUGGGGUCAUGAAGGGCAGGUUCUGUUAGGCUGGUACAGUUGUUCGCAUAUAGAAAAGUAGCGAUAACUGGAAUCCCUGGCUUCAGUUCCCUUGCUUGGUUUCUUUUGCCUGCUUGAAACUAUUCUUCUUGGAUUUUUGUAACUAACUCUCAAUCACUUAUGGAAUCUGUAAAGUUUUGACCUCCACCACCAGGCUACUGUUGAGUGUUUUGGGCUUCAAUUCCCUUUUUAUUUGUUAAUGAGUGGUCGGACUAAGUUUCAGCAACUGCUCGGGAAAAAUGAACUGGAGGCUAAAGAAGCUUGUAAUUGGCUGCGGGCUGCUGGAUUUCCGCAAUAUGCCCAGCUCUACGAAGCAGGACAGUUUCCUUUAGACAUCUCCUCUGUGAAAAAAGACCAUGGGUUUCUGGACCAGGAUUCACUGAAGUCACUAUGCAGGAGGCUGUCAACCUUGAACAAGUGUGCCUCCAUGAGACUAGAGGUCCAUUUUCAGUGCAAACAGAGUGAAGACUCUGAGGAGGAUGACCUGUGUGCCAUCAGUGACCGCUGGGCAUUCCAGCGAGAGAGUAAGACAUGGUCCCGUCUGCGUACCCUCUCCCCACACAUCUCCCCUAGCAUGGAGGUCCACUCCUCCACCACCCUGCACCCAUUGAGGGCCUCUGCCAGUAGUGAGAGCAUCCUGAGUGACUUCAGCAACCUGGAGGUCACCUCCACCCACAGCAGUAGCAGCCUGAGUGUGAAGAGUGACAGAGGUACCACGUCCAGCAACCCCUACAGUCAGGUCACCAGCACGGCAGAGCCCUACACCCUUACCUCCCACCAUGACUCCCAUGGUUCCCACUCUCCCAAUGGAUCCGCCUGUGAGGACCAGCCUGUGUCUCCCAAAGACCUACUUACUGUUCCUGUCAGCAGAGAGAAGACCAAGAGGUGUUCCAAUACCUUCCUGAAGAGAAUGGAGUCGUUCAAGAGAAAGGAUAAAGAGAGGGAAGUGACAGAUGGCCAAGUUGUGACCUCUCCGCUGCAGUUCCCUCUAACCCCUGGCAGUUUGCAUUGCACUUCCAAUGAAAGUCUACCUGGUUUAAAAAACAACACUACAGAAAAGAGCAGUGUAAAUUACAGCAGAAAAGCCCAUACUAUCUGUCGUACAGGCCGUAGGUCCCCAGUUAUGGACAGAGCUAAUGCGAAGAGCAGUUGGCUCUAUCUAGAGGACUAUGACAUGGCAGGGUGGAAGGGGGCUAAACAGGUUAUUCAGAAGAGUGGCUAUAAAAAUGGACUGGAUUGUCUGGUUCAUCUGCCAAUGGACCACAAGCCAGGCACGUUCCCCAAGUCCCUAUCCAUCGAGAGCCUGUGCACUACUUCCACCUCUCAUGAGCUGCGUGAAUGGCAGAUGGAGGACGUAAACCUCUCCCUGGGCAGCAGUCACGAGUCCCAGGAAUUCAACAUGUUUCCUAUAAGAAGAAACUCGUGUUCCUCAGUGGGGAGCAUCUAUGACAAUGUAAAUGAGGCUAGUGGCAGUUCAGACGAGUUGAGAGAAAAGGUCUUUGAGCACCUGGAUGAUAUCCUUCAACAUGUCCAUGGCCUUCAGCAGAAUAUAGACCAGUGGUCCAAGAAGGUGUGUCAGGAGCUCAGUGACAAGCAUGAGGAAGAGGAGGACACUGACGAGACCAGAGAAACAACAUUCUCCUCCAGCCUCCAUUUUGAGGAGCAGUCUAUGUCAGAUGUAGGCACGAUGGCCAGUGACUACGACAGCACAGGAAACUCUUUGAAUGAGGUGGAGGAUGUUGAGACAAGAGAACGAAGGGACUCAGGAGUGGGUGCUUCCUUAACCAGGCCAAGCAGGAAGCUACGGUGGCAUAGUUUCCAGAACUCCCACAGGCCAAGCCUGACUUCAGCCUCCCAGGAAAUGAACCGCCAGUCAGCCGCUCAGCUCAACCUUCUGCAAAAGUUCUCUCUGCUCCGGCUCACUGCUAUAAUGGAGAAAUACUGCGAACCCAACAAACAUGGCUGGAGCUGGUCUAUUCCUAAGUUUAUGAAGAGGAGUAAGGUCCCUGACUACAGGGACAAACAGGUUUUUGGUGUUCCACCAAUCAUCAAUGUCCAAAGGAGUGGACAACCCCUACCCCAGAGCAUCCAGCAGGCCAUGCGCUACCUCCGCAGCCAAUGUCUGGAAAAGGUUGGCAUUUUCCGUAAGUCUGGGGUGAAGUCUCGGAUCCAGACUCUGCGGCAGCUGAAUGAAAAUUCCCCAGACCACGUGAGGUACCAGGGCCAAUCAGCCUACGAUGUGGCCGACCUGCUGAAACAGUACUUCAGAGACCUGCCUGAGCCUGUCCUCACCACCAAGCUCACUGAAACCUUCCUGCAGAUCUACCAAUGUGUCCCGAAGGACAUGCGACUUCAGGCGGCCCAGGCUGCAGUCAUCCUUCUGCCUGACGAGAACCGGGAGGUACUGCAGACCCUGCUCUACUUCCUCAGUGACAUCGCCUCUGCUGAGGAGAACCAGAUGACAGCUGGUAACCUGGCCGUGUGCCUGGCCCCCUCCAUCCUACACCUCAACAUCUCCAAGAAAGAGGGCACCUCCCCCAGAUUAAUCCACCGAAGGGGGGCAGGGGGAAAACCGGACCACAAGGACCUGAGUGAGAACAUGGCUGCCACUCAAGGACUCAGCCACAUGAUUGUGGAGUGCAAGAAAUUAUUCCAGAUCCCUCAUGAGAUGAUGCUGCAGUCGCGGAACUCCUAUGUCGCAGCAGAUGCCCAGCCACUCCCUCUCCACGGCUUGGGCCUGAACAUGAAGGGCGAGCCUGUGGAUUACAGAGCCUACCUGGAGGAUAAUAUCCAGGCUCUACUGCGGGAGUCCACAGAGAAGAGCAAAGGAUGGCACAGCGCCCUGGGCCCAGAAAACACAGAGCUGACAUACAAGAAGGUAGGGGACGGCCAUCCCAUCCGUCUUUGGAAGGUGACCACCGAGAUCGAGGCCCCGCCCCAGACAGUGUUGCACAGAGUUCUGCGUGAGCGCCACCUGUGGGAUGACGACCUGCUCCACAGCCAUGUAAUCGAGGCUCUAGAGAACAACACAGAGGUGUAUCACUAUGUGACAGACAGCAUGGCACCUCAUCCCCGCAGGGACUUCGUAGUGCUGAGGCGGUGGUGUAGUGACCUUCCUCAGGGCCUGUGUCUGCUAGUGUCCUCCUCUGUGGACCAUGACAAUGUGCACCUGGAGGCAGGGCUACGGGCAGUGCUGCUCACCUCACGGGUCCUGAUUGAGCCCUCAGGGAUGGGCCGGUCCAGGCUGACGCAUUACUGCAGAGCAGACCUCAGGGGACGAUCACCUGAGUGGUACAACAAAGUGUUUGGCCAUCUCUGUGCGGUGGAGGUUGCUAGGAUACGGGGCUCCUUCCCUGUGCUGACAGUGAAAGGAACCGAGACAAAGCUUUGAACUUUGAGAAGGACCGCCGGUCCACUUGAGACACGUGCUGCCUACAGCACACAAUGACUCAAAUGAAAGGUGCCUAUCUGUAGCAUUAUAUUACAUCUGCCUGAUAAACACUCCAGUGUCAUUAACAGGGGACUGUCAGGAUGUGGACUCUCACUCAGAUUGCACUGAUGCCCCAUGAGGAGCCACUGAGGAAAUGUCAGCAAUAUUUACAAAUCUAAACCAGCCUAUGCAUUAACUGACCCUAAACCAUUAAAACGUACCUUGAAAAAAAUAAAAUAGACAGUUUCUUUAUGCAAAAGCCAUUAUUUUGAAAUAUUUAUGAGUCCCACCGCGACAUCCAUGCGAUUUGGACUUUUUAUCCAUUUAACAUCAUGUGUUUGAGCUACAGAUCUCUGGGUUGUACUAUUUGAUUCAUCUAUUUCUUCUGCGUCUGUGUGAUUAACGGGGCUGAGCUAGAGCGGAGUCUGUGAGACUGGUGGAUCCCGAAAGGGCCCGGGGCCAGAUCUUUUUACAAAGUAAGAGAGAGUCCGAAUGGUUUGAGCUACACUAUUAAAAGCUAUCUAUGAAAAGCUGGGAUUCUCACAAAUACACACAUGUAACAUGUUUUGCUUUAUGACACACAAGCUACACAACAGGUGUUAGAAGGUAAGGGGUUCUUC